GCGCCCAAGCGAGCGCGCCGUGCCCGCGGAGGGAGAGCGACGCGCGCGUGCGGGCGUGCGGGCGGCCAGCCGGCUGUAUGGCGCGCUGCGAGCCGCUGCGUGGCGCGACCCUGCGCGACCUACUGGGCCGCACGCAGGGGGUCCUGUUCGACUGCGACGGGGUACUGUGGAACGGCGAGCGCGUGGUGCCCGGCGCCGCGGAGCUGGUGGAGCGGCUGGCGCGGGCGGGCAAGCAGACGCUGUUCGUGAGCAACAACAGCCGGCGCGCGCGGCCCGAGCUGGCCCAGCGCUUCGCGCGCCUGGGCUUCGGGGGGCUGCGCGCCGAGCAGCUCUUCAGCUCCGCGCUAUGCGCCGCGCGCCUGCUGCGCCAGCGCCUGACCGGGCCGCCCGACGCGCAGGGCACCGUGUUCGUACUGGGCGGGGAGGGCCUGUGCGCCGAGCUGCGCGCCGCGGGGCUGCGCCUGGCGGGGGACCCCGGCGUCGCCCCGCGCGUGCGCGCCGUGCUUGUGGGCUACGACGAGCAGUUCUCCUUCGCCAAGCUGAGAGAGGCUUGCGCGCACCUGCGCGAUCCCGACUGCCUCCUGGUGGCUACCGACCGCGACCCUUGGCACCCGCUUAGCGACGGCAGCCGGACCCCCGGCACAGGGAGCCUGGCCGCUGCAGUGGAGACGGCCUCCGGCCGCGAGGCGCUGGUGGUGGGCAAGCCCAGCCCCUACAUGUUCGAGUGCAUCACGGAGCACUUCAGCGUGGACCCCGCCCGCACACUCAUGGUGGGCGACCGCCUGGAGACCGACAUCCUCUUCGGCCACCGCUGCGGCAUGACCUCCGUGCUCACGCUCACGGGCGUGUCCUGCCUGGAGGAGGCCCAGGCCUACCUGGCAGCUGGCAAGCAUGACCUGGUGCCCCAUUACUAUGUGGAGAGCAUCACAGACUUGAUAGGGGGACUGGAGGACUGAGCCACCUGGCCCGCAGCAUGGCCCCAGCCUCCUGACCCCCAGUCCUACUGAUGGAAGUGCGGUGGUGAGUCUCGCCAAACACUGCAGGCUCCCUCGCCUCGGUCUCUGUCCUGGUGGAGCUGCCGAGCAGGAAGGUGUGAGGACCUCCGUGCCCCUCCCAGCAGUGGCUGGGCACUCUGCUGUUCCGGAAGCUGCCCCUGCAGCUUGGAGGGUCACCCCGGCCUGACCCAGCCCCGGUGGCCUUGUUUCCUGCCUUGUCGCCUUCCCUGCCUGAAUAUGGGUUUUGAUGCCAACUGAAGAUUUCCCCGUCUGGGCAUUUGAUCCCUCCCCUUCCUGGGAACCCCUGAGUCCUGCCUGCCCCAGGGUCCUGGCCUUUGGCAUCCUUUUGGCCUAUCAGAGGCCGAGGUAGCCACUGUCCCGAGUGGACCAGUUGAGACUAAGUGGCAGUGGCUUGCUGAGGCCACAUCCUGAGAGGACCAAUAGAAGCUAAGGAACAACGACCCUUGCAUGUCCUAGGUCCUGGGUGGACCCAUCCGGACACCAGGUAUUCCUGACCCACUGGUCUCUUAGAUUCCAAACAGAACAGUUCAGGAGUCCGAGCACAGUGGCCUCUGGACAGUCUGGGUCCCACUAGACCAGCUAGGGCUGGGUGUAGAGACAUCCUCCUCCCUGGAGAUGUGGCCCAUGUGCUCGUCGGCCCUGGGCCUGCGGUGGCCAGAGCCCACCCUCCCUGAUCACAGUCCUGUCCAGUGUUGUUGGCCACAGCCCAGAAGGGGCUUUGGUCCCCACGUAGCUAGUGUUGGCUGUGCCACUUUGCCACCUCCUCUCCCGACUCCCAGCUAUUUAUUUAUUCUUUUGUUUAUUUGUUCUUGUGUGCCAGGGACGUGGGGCUUGGGGCUGGGCCUCCUCGCCACCUCCACCCGCUGUAAGCAGUCCUCCGUGCUGAGUAAAGUGCGAGUGGCGUGCA